AUGGAACUGCGAAGUACUAUCAAAUCAUUCUUCUUCUUCUUGCGUCGAAAGAAGGUGCAAAAAUUACCCGAUGAGAUUCUAGAAUUAAUUCUUUCUCGAUUACCUGUUAAGUGUCUGCUCAAUUUAAGGUGCGUUUCAAAAUCCUGGCUCACCCUAAUUAGUCGCCCAAAAUUCGUGAAAUUGCAUCUGAAACAGUCGGUUCAAACCAAGAUCAACCUUAGUCUAUACUUGAGUUGUAUUAAUCGUCCCUCGAGUUUCUAUCGUGUGGAUUUCGAUUCCCUAGAGAAGAACGACGGCUAUCUUCAACCGGUAGAGGUCAAUUACAAUCCUUUGAGUCAUCUGGAUAAUAGGACCAAUAUUUAUGGCUCAUGUGAUGGAUUGAUAUGUAUUUCAAAUUCCAUGGAUAUUGUCCUUUUAUGGAAUUCAUCGACGAGAAGAUUUUUAGACCGGCCUUCUUCCGCAAUGGUUGAGUUCGCAAGAAACUCUAACCUUUCCCAAUAUAUUUCUUCUGGAUUUGGGUUCGAUAACAAGAGUUAUAAUCCGCUAAGGCGUCAGGAUAAUGGGACCGGUUUGGAGCGCUUCAGUGAGGGAUUGGUCUGCAUGACAUAUACCCUAGACAUCGUCGUUUUAUGGAAUCCAUCAACCAGGAAAUCUAUAAAAUUGCCUCAAGUCUCGGUUGAAAUCCCAAAUCAAUCUUACCGUCAUAAAUAUUCUACUUAUGGAAUUGGAUACGAUGAAACCAACCACGAUUACAAAGUGGUGAGAGUCGUGGUUGUUCUUGGUGACGACAUCUAUUACGAGGUUCAUGUUUUUAGUCUGAGAUUAAAUUUGUGGCAUAAGCCAAAGAAAUAUUCCGAUCACCAUCCGGAUUUGGAGUCAUUGAAAACUGUAAUAGCUGGUGGAGCGAUGCACUGGAUGUCGGUAGGCAUGGAUAACAAACGAUCCAUUCUUGCCUUUGAUCUCGGGACGGAGACAUACAGGGUAAUUCAACACCCUGAGUACCGUGAUCUUGAUUUCUCCUCAAGUUUGGAUAACUUAGGAGGAUGCUUAUCGUUAACUUGUCACUAUCAUUCGGGGAUCGUGGAUGUAUGGGUUUUGAAGGAAUAUGGAGGGGAGAAUGAAUCUUGGUCGAGAUUGGCGCAAAAUAUUCCUAUUACUUAUAAUUAUGUGGUGAAAUCUGUUGCAUAUUCAAAAAAUGGUAAGAAACUACUUUUGAGGAAGCAUAAUAGUCUUGUUUGGUAUGACUUAGAAUUGAAGUCGCUAGAAAAUAUUCGGUUUCAUGCUGGUGAAAACAACUAUCCAUUCAAAUUUGAGGUUAUUGAUUCUUGCUUGGAAAGUCUAGUCGAUGUAAAUGUUGCAGAAGCUGGAUAA